ACAGACAAUCAUGAAACGCUCAACAUGACAAAAUGUUUGAAUUCCCAAACAAAAUAUUCACAGUGCCAUGUUUGUCCGCUACUUGCCAUAUAAAAAGGUGGCUGACAUAACACAUGAGCGCUGGACUUACACUCUUGCAUUAUCGACAUAUUAACAAAUAGCCAGCUAUGAUCCAGAAAUUCGAAGUGGAAGGCUUUGAUGCCUUUGUGGAGAAAGUAGACUCUUUCAAGGACUCAGACAAUCCGAUAUAUGUGCUGUUCAGCGGGUCAAAGGACUCCAGGGGAAAGAGUUGGUGCCCAGACUGUGUGGUGGCGGAGCCUGUGGUCAAAGGAGCCCUGGAGAAGGCUCCUGAAGAUGCUGUCUUCGUCUACGUGGGCGUGGGUAGCCGAGACUUCUGGAAGGACAAGAACUGUGUUUUCCGCACAGAUGCCCGCACCAAACUUAAGUGUGUGCCCACCCUUAUGAAGUAUGGAGGACCCCAAAGGCUGGAGGAGGAGCAGUGUGCUAACGUUGAUUUGGUCCACAUGCUUUUUGAAGACGCUUGAUUACUCUGAUAUAUAAUUACUGUGCGUAAUGAGUGAAAGCAUUGUUAAAAUAAAUUCUUAUACCUGGUUCAUAUACAGGACUUUUUUUAAUAAAUGAAAUAACAUGGUACUAUAACAUACUAUAUUCACAAUGAAUUUACCAUUCUUUUCCCAUGGUAUUUAUAAUUAAAUACUUUAUAAAUUAAGAGUUCUAAACUCAUGCUCGAUGUAUAUAGUGUUACUCUUUAAUGCCAUACAAAUUGCACAGUUUAAAAAUUUGCCUGUCAUAAACUAUUUUAUCCAGCCUUAUCAUUAUUUAAAGGUAUGAAACACAUUAUAUUCCAUUUCUUAUGUAGGAUAUUUUAAUUCUGAAAGAUACAAAGUUUGUAUAUCAUUUUAACAUUAAUCAUAAAGACCUAUUACAUUAUUUUAAGGUCUUCAUUAUUUUGUCUUU